AUGAAUUGGACCGCUGAAUUAGCAUUACUGUUGGACGCAAACAUCGUGCUGAACAGUAAAGCGCUACGCACUUGCGAUUGGAGAAAUUUUGGUUUUGGUAGUGCUCAUGCGCUAGAUUUGCGAAACCGUCUGUCAGUCAUGACUUUUCUUCGUGAAGGUGACGCUGAUGUUACAUUUGCUUUUUUCGGGUAUGAUGUAUUGUUGUUUGGAAAAAAUAGUUAUAAUUUGUUUUAUAUUGCAGGUGAGAAUGCGAUGGAUUGCUAUGGAGGUCACAAACAAAAAGAAUUGUUCGACCGCUCGAUUUAA